AUGGAAAUCGAAGAAGCUCACAACAAGUUGGAAGAAUUCGAUGCUCCGACUCACGCAUAUUUCACCACAAACUAUAUUACGCAACUAAAGAAACUAUACCAAGAGGUUAUGAACCAAUUGGCGGAGAUCCCAAGAGAUCAAACCGAGCAAUCCCCGGGAGAAGAUAGAGAAGAAGAGGAAAUCCUGCCGUCCUCAAAAGAAGAAAACGAAGACAUCGAGCAAGCUCAACGUAUCAAGAGACAAGAGGUCCGGAUAGAGAAGCUGAUGAAACUUCACGCCAAGAUUGAGAACGAGCUAAAACUAAGAAAACCAAAAAGCACUUACGACUACUUGAAGAAACAAAUUCAAGAACAAAUGGACAACAUCCAAAGAUUGGAAGAAGAUAUUCAGGUAUUCGAAACCAAGUUCAAAUCCAAAUACUUCAAAGAAGAAAAAUUCUUGAACUGUGAAGAAAUAUUUCAUUCCGUAAUGGAACAACUACAAAAGAUUACCUCUGAACCUUAUGAAUCUCUACUGGAUAAAAUACUUGACUUUCCAAAAUUAUCGAUCGAAUCAUCCGAGAAGAUCAAAGAACUGCACGACACUACUUCAGAAUGCCUACAAGCCAUUAGUAAUAUUGGGAUUGUGACAGAACCAUGGGGUCCAAUGAUCAGCAGAAUCUUAGUACGCAAAUGGGACAACGAAACCAACAAAUUAUAUGAACAAUCUCUAAAAGAUCCUAAUAAGAUACAAGAAUUUCAAGAGCUAAUGGAAUUCCUUCAGACACGAUUCCAAUCGCUAGAAGCAAUUGGCGAAAAAACAAAAAGACAUCAAGUACCAACACAACAAACAAAGUACGAACAAAAUAAAACAUGCAGAUAUUGCGGAGGAGAUCAUUACAUACAUUCCUGUUCCAAAUUUCAAGAACUUCCCGGAAAGAAAAUGGAAGAAUUUGUGAACACGAAAAAUCUAUGUCGAAACUGCCUGAGUCACAAAUUCACAGGCACAUGUAACAGUACCAAACGAUGUUUGAAGUGUAAGAAGCCUCAUCAUACGUUAUUGCGCAGGGACGAGAAAAAAAUCCCCAGUCCCAGUACCAAAAUAACAGCUCACGUUUCUCAAACAAAUGAGGAACAAACAAAUAUUAAUAUAAGCAGCAAUCAUGCUAGCGAGAACCGCGACACAGUAUUGCUAGCAACGGCCCUUGUAAAAGCAAGAUCAGCUUCCGGUACAAUGCAGUAUCUAAGGAUUCUGGUUGAUCAAGGAGGUCAAGCAUCCUUCAUAACAGAAUCAGCAGCUCACCUACUAUCCUAUCCCAGAGAGAAGGUACGCGCAGAAAUCUCCGGGCUAGGUGAUGGAAGUCCAAAAACAUCGAAAUGGAAGAUUCAAUUUCCUAUUCAACCUCAUUAUCCAAGUAACUUUUCCAUGCCUACGACAUUUCUUGUGUUACCAAAACUUACGCAAUCCUUGCCAAGCAAAAAGUUACCAGAACAAAAUUCACAAGAAAUAAUUAAUAAAAUCCUUGCUGAUCCGACGUACAACAUUCCAGGCCCUAUCGACGCAAUCAUUGGGGCACAAGAAUAUGGAAACAUUCUAGAAGAAGGUCUUCAAAAGACAACCGAUGGAUUAUUGGGUCAAAAAACAAAACUAGGCUGGAUUUUGUCCGGUCAUCUGAAACAACAAUGUCCAUCCGCAACCAAAGUCACUUGUUUCGUCAGUCGCGUAGAAGAAGAAAAGCAAUUGAUCAGGUUUUGGGAAAUAGAAGAAGUGGAACAACCAAAACAAAAGUCCGAAGAUGAACAAGAUUGCGAGAAAUAUUAUCAUCAAACCACAAAAAGAAACAAGGAUGGAACUUACACCGUGAAGAUACCAUUCAAGACAAAAGUAGUACUAGGAUGCUCUAAAUCCAGGGCGACAGCAAGACUAUUCCAAUUAGAAAAUCGUCUUGUAAAGAAUGAUGAGCUGAAAUCACAAUACGAUAAGUUCAUAACAGAAUACAUUGAACUGAGUCACAUGGAGAAGAUCUCAGAAGAAGACAGCCCAGGAAAAUACUACAUUCCGCACCAAGCGGUACUAAGACCAUCAAGCACCACUACAAAACUACGGGUGGUAUUUGAUGCAUCUUGUAAAAGCUCUAACGGCAAGAGUCGCAACGAUUUCAUGCACACUGGCCCGAGAUUACAACAAGAAAUCGCAGAUAUUUUGCUACGUUGGCGUACCCAUAAAAUCGUUUUCUCAGCAGACGUAGAGAAAAUGUAUCGUCAGAUUAGAAUGGCCGAAGAAGAUCAACAAUAUCAAAGGAUCUUGUGGCGAUUCAACAAACAUUCUCCGAUUGAAGAAUAUAAAUUGACAACAGUAACGUAUGGGACUACAGCGGCACCAUACAUUGCGGUCCAAACGUUACAACAAUUAGCUCGAGAUGAAGAAGAUAAUUAUUCGAAAGCCUCACAAGUCGCUCUGCGUGAUGUUUACGUAGAUGACGUCCUCUCUGGAGCUGAUUCAAUUCAAGAAGCCUGCGAUAUACAACAACAACUGAUCGAGAUGCUGAAAGCUGGAGGUUUUACACUAAGAAAAUGGGUCAGCAAUAGAGAAGAACUUCUUUCAUCACUAUCAAAUGAAUUGAAAGAACAAAACGAAAAGGAAAUUACCGAAGAUUGGCCCACAAAGUCCUUAGGUGUAUAUUGGGCACCACAAUCGGACACCUUCCGUUUCAAAGUAAACACAACAAGACACGAUGCUCCCUCAAAAAGGAUGAUCUUAUCAGAGAUAGCAAAACUAUAUGACCCCUUAGGUUAG